AUGACUAGCAACCAGAGGCCACCUGGGGCUGGAGGGCCGCCCGCCCUCGACGCCAAGACCGGCGUCCAGGACUUUGUGACCCGCCGCUUCGGCCGCCACGUCCAGUACCGCGUGGCCAACGACUACACCUCCAAGAAUGGCGUCCGCCAUGUGUACCUGCGCCAGACCAUCAACGGCGUGCCCAUCCUCAAUGGCGAUGUCAACAUCAACAUCGACGCCAAUGGCAACGUCCUGAACAUCGGCUCCACCUUCGUCCGCCGGCCGGAGCUGCUGGAGCGCGCCGAGGCGGCCCUGGCCCGUGGUGUCGACCGCCAGCGCCUGUCCCCGGCUCAGGCGGUCCUGCGCCUGGCCAACUACCUGCGCAUUGACCUCGACGAGGAGGGCCUUGUGCCGAUUGCCUAUGCCUCGGCCGACUUCGACGCCGAGGAUGAGGCCACCCGCCCGGUGGCCCUCUUCGCCGGCGAUCGCCUGUCCCUGGACCGCAUCGAGGUCCGCAUGGCCUUCGUCCACACCGAGACCCGCGGCGUGGAGCUGGUGUACCAUGUGAACAUCCGCCAGGAUGAGGACUGGCUGGAUGUCGGUGUGUCGGCCACCACCGGCGAGGUGGUCUUCGCGGUCAACUGGUUCAGCCGGUCCGGCGACUACCGGGUCUACCCUCUCGGUGUCAAUGACCCGUACGAUGGCGACCGCGAGCUGGUGCACAAGCCCCACAACCUGUCCACCGGGUCGCCCCUCGGCUGGCACGCCAUGGACUCGCGCACCUCCUUCACCGACACGCGCGGCAACAAUGUCUACGCCCAGGAGAACCUCUCCGGCCGUCGUACCGGCUGGGAGAACAACUACCGCCCGGAUGGCGGUGCCGACCUGACCUUCGACUUCCCGAUCGACUUCACCAAGGAGCCGGUGGAGAACCUCGAUGCCGCGGUGACCAACCUCUUCUACUGGAACAACAUCAUGCACGACGUCUUCUAUGAGUAUGGCUUCGACGAGGUGUCCGGCAACUUCCAGGAGAACAACUUCAGCAAGGGCGGCCUCGGCAAUGACGCCGUCCAGGCCAAUGCCCAGGAUGGCGCUGGCUACAACAACGCCAACUUUGCCACCCCGCCGGACGGCCAGCGCCCGACCAUGCGCAUGUACGUCUGGAACCAGGAGACCCCCAUGCUGGACGGUGACUAUGACAAUGGCAUCAUCAUCCACGAGUAUGCCCAUGGGAUUUCCAACCGCCUGUCCGGCGGUCCGGCCAACUCCAACUGCAUGUCCUCGGCCCAGGCCGGUGGCCAGGGCGAGGGCAUCGGCGAUUGCAUGUCCAUCAUCCUCCGCUGGCGCCAGGAGUACAACCGCGACACCGUCUUCGGCAUGGGCGAGUACGCCGCCGGCCGUAACAUCCGCCUGUACCCGUAUGCCGAUGACAUGGAGAUCAACCCCCAGACCUUCGAGUUCAUCAAUGGCCCGCAGUACACCGGUGUCCAUGCCAAGGGCGGUGUCUGGUGCACCAUGCUCAUGGACACCUACCGCAACAUGCUGGACCAGUCCCACUGGGAUGAGGACCUGUACAAGGGUGACGGUGCCAACAACCAGUUCCUGCAGAACAUGAUUGACGGUCUCAAGAUCCAGCCCUGCAACCCGACCUUCACCGAGGCUCGUGACGCCAUCAUCCUGGCGGACCAGGUGAACUACAACGGUGCCAACACCUGUGCCUACUGGCGCGGCUUCGCCCGCCGCGGUCUCGGCCAGAAUGCCACCGCCCCCAACCUUGGCCGUGUCACCGAGGACUUCACCAUCCCCCUGGAGUGCCUGUAA